AUGGCGGUGACGGGCGAAGCGGGUGUGUACGGGAGCGGUGCGUUCCGAGCGCGGCUGGGGCAUGUGCGGGCAGUGGCGGGAAGAGAGGGCCUGGACGCGGUGGUGGCGGUGACGGGCAUUGACGCCCGGCACGACGAGGGCAUGCGACGGUUUGCCAACUAUCUCCUGCUGGGCUACUCUGGCGGCGGCAUUGCGCACGAGCCGAAAGAUCGAAAUCUGGCGCGAGCGCUGGAGGAGCUGGUCAUGAUCAUCACGCCGGAUACGAUGGCUAUCGUAGCGCCACCACACGCGCUCGCCCAUCUCGUGGCCCUCACCGCCGCCUCGGACAAUGUGCGCCUGUUUGUCCUCCCAGCUUCCGGCAGCGAGCCCCCGGCAUCAGACGAGCUGGACGAGUUCAAGGCCGCGACGUUUGUCCACGCCAUUGACGAGCUCCUGCUGUGGCCGCCGGCACCGUCGCGGGCCAAGCCGCGGGUCGGCCUGCCGGCCCUCGAUCUCGACGCCGAGGACGGUCGCCAGUUUGAGCCGAUGGAUGCCGAGCGCUGGCCACUGGUCCAGGCAUAUGGCUAUGUCCCGCUCGAUGGCUCGUCGACGCACACCUUUCGCCCGGUCGGUGUUGCCGGAUUCUUCUCGAUGGUCUUUGACGUGGUCGGCAUUCACAAACUCCUCACCGCCCAGGUCUACCCGGCGUGCGACGUGCAGACGCUGGCUUCGGCACACCACGUGGCACACUCGCAGCUGGCACCCAACUGGGAGCUUAUGCUGAGCACCAUGGAUGCGGCAUCGGCCCGGCUGACUCUUUACCGCUACGGCAUGGUCGGCCGCGAGGUACCCGGGGCGACGCCACCGGCCGUCAAUGUUGUCCAACUCGGCUCACACUGCGUGGCCACUGUGUCGUGCACCGAGCCAUCGUUUGGAGUCUCUCUGGCGCGCACGCUGUUUGUGGUCAACGCGCCGACGAGCGACGUACCACCGGACAUGCCGCAGCCGUCGGCCGCUGCGGCGACGAGCGAUGCGCCGGCCAAGCCGCGCUCGUUCUCGCUCUUCUCUUUCCACCCCGGCUUCAACUCGGACUCGGACGACGAGAGCGACUCGGUUGACGAGAGCGACGAUGGCGUCGGCGACGUCGGGCCAUCUGACGACGCCGCCGAUGCCCGGGUCGCGGCCCUGUUCCGUAUCUACACCACGAUGGUGGCAGCGCUGCCGCGGGUGGCAGCCCGGUUUGUGGCAACGCUCAGCGGGCGUGACGGGGGCAGCGUCAUGGGAGACAGCGAACUGGGGCGUGUCGCACGGAGCGAGCUUGGUAGUGUGCUUCCGGACGCGGCGACGGUCCGUGGCUCUGUGCGGCUCACCUCACACGGAGCGUUCAAUCAACGCAUUCCAGCCGAGCCUCUGCCGGCUUGUCCGGGGCUCCUAGCUGUCAUCACCAUCGAAGUUGUUGCCAACGACGUGGUCCUCUCGCACGGCGAGACGUAUGCCGUGUCUGGCGAGCGGUUUGCGGCAGUCUCAGAAGCUGCAGACGUGCAGGUGUGGGACAAGAGGCGGCGCAAGCUGACAGUGGCGUCUGCCGCGGCUGCCUGCGGCCUUGGAGCCGCCGUGUCGCCGCACGCAGUCCCUGGCGUUCUCAGCGCGGAGCGACUGACGCUGGACGGGAGCGUGAGCGUGUUUGAGGGCGGACUCGUCUUUGGCUCACGAAGGACCGGGCUCAUGGUGGUUCCGCUUGCUAUGCCAGCAUUGCUGCCGCUUUCUGUGGCGACGUACAACUCGGUUGAUGCCGAUAGUGGGGCGACGGUGACCCAUCUAGACGUUGUGAUGCCGAGUGCGAGCCUUGCUUCUGCCGCCGCGCGGCUCGGCGGGCUCUCGCUCGGCAGGCUGGUGGCCUGCGGCGAGCCGGUACGGCUGUCGAUGACUUUUGAUCGCGCGGCGUCUGGCUGGCGAAUGGUGGCACGGUCAGCGUAUGCAUUGUGGCGCCCGUUGUGGGACGAGGGCGAGGUCGUGGUGCGUCUCGAAAUGCCGACCGUCGAACCGGCAGAGUCGCUUCCAGUCCGUCUCGAGCCGUCGUUUGAGGACUUUGCGGUGUGUGCGAGCCUCGGGGCCAAGAGCAAGACGCCGGUGGCAAUCGAACAUGGAGAGCACGCUGUCCCCGUAACGGUUGUCUGCGGUGCAGCAUGCGCCGGGGCUGACACGCUGGUAGCCUCGCUGAUCGAGACCUCGUCCGAGCGGCACCAGUGGAGUGUGGUCUCGUCCGCGCUUGACGAUGAGGCGCUGUUUGAUGACAGCGCGUGGGCGGCGCGAGUCCGCGACGCAGCGACCGAGGCACGCAGCGCAGUUGAGCCGCGGACGGGGCGAGUGGCACUUGUGGCGCCUGCGUACGUGGAUGUGGCGGCAGUUACGACCAUGCUUGAGGGUCCAGGCAUGCGUGACGAGGUGUUCAUUGCGUCCGUGGUCGCCUUGGUCCAUCCGGUUCUUCAUCAGAUGCCGAGCGGCCGGGUGGGCGCAUGUGCACCGCUGCUGCCGAAUGCCGCGAGCCUGCUCCGCCGCGGUUUUGUACAGGCGGUAGUGGUGCGGAUGCCCGAGGCGAAGGACAGCGACCACAGCAUCGAGACGACCCGGGCCUCGGUGGCUGCCCGCAACCCCGAGGCGAGCAUGGUCAUGGGUUCGCAUUCUGGGCGAGUUGUCCACCCUGCGGCCGUCGACGAGCUGCUGAGGCUCGACGCGUGGCAGGCGGCGAGCCAGGCCGAGCUGCGGGCAUUGUGCUCUCCGGAUCUGGAAGUUGCCGCGAGCGUGGCGGCGCGGCAUGUGACACUGGUGGUGGCGAGACUGCCGAUGGUGCUGGAUGAGGCCUGCCUCUUGCGUGUCCUCCGCAACCUUCUUGGCGGCUCCGUGGCUGGACCGGACGGCACACCGCUACAGGUCACUCGUGUCCGCGGCAUGGCUACGAUUACGAGCGAUGGGAGCGCGGUGUGGCGAGCGAGAGUCAACGGUUCCUCGCUCCUAUCGCCAGCGGACGCUCAUGAGGCCGUGGGUGCAUCGUCGGCGCGCGGCAUGUCGGGCGUCUCGCCAAGCGUCGAGUUUGUCGAGCUUGGUGAUGGGCAGCAUGCAGAGAGUGGCAGCGUGUUUGCGGUUGAUGGGUCGUAUGUGACCAAGCGCGCGGUUGUGACCGCGCUGCUCGACGCGCGAGUUCCGCUGCCGGUAGAAAAACCGACAACGCGGACGGCAGCGUCUCUGAGCCAGGCAGAGAUUGCCGACAUCCGAGCAGCGUCCAAAGACGAGCCUGUUCCCGACGGGUUCUUCUUUGAUGGCCGCGCCUACGUCGACGCGGACGGCGGGCGGUGGUUUGACCAUCCCCGGCUUGGCGUGCUCAAAGCCGAGUUUGUGGCGAGGACCAACGCUGCCGCCGAGGCGCACAACGCGCAUGUGGCCGAUCUUGCUGCCCAUCGGGCUGCCGAAGCCAGACAAGUCUUCGAGCUCAACGGCUGCUCACCAGCAGAGCUCGACAGUUGACGCACCCAAGGUUCCGAGCGGCUGUUGCGUACAAAUGAAAGCGCUUAGUCAGCUG